AUGCUGGAAAUAAGUUGCUCUAAGAGUCUAAAUCUAAACUUUAGAUACAAUGCAUAUAAAGCCAGGAAACAGUUGACAGCAAUUGACUGGAAUUAUCAUGUUAGUCUUCCCCAAGCAACGACCAAGUUGGGGGAAGAGCGAAUAACAAGAAAGUACAACCCGAGAACCAGGCAAUGGGAUGUAAAGAUUGUAAAGGUUGAAAAGGGUUAUGAGUAUGUUCCAGUGCUCAUAUCCAGAAUGUUAAACAGAAGAAUAUGUGAUGCAGACGGUGUGACAAGACACAUUUCUUUAAACGAUAGCAACCCUGUCCUUAUCUCCCCAACCAUAGCCCACAUUCCUCCUCCUGCAACAAAGGAAAUUGUCCAAAGAAAGAGCAGAUUUGCAAGUGACGACAAAUCAUCAAAAUGA